GCUGGGGAGCAAAGUUUCUGGAAGAGCAGGGGGAGAUCCACGUGGGAGGGGGGUGAGAGGAGCGAACCCAGCAGGAGCGAAGAUGACAGACGCUGAGGCGCAGAGCGCAGCUCCAGCUGCCCCGCUGGAGGACAAACCUCAGCCGGAGAGGAAAAUCAUAGCUACGGCAGUUCAAGGCACCGUGAAAUGGUUUAAUGUCCGCAACGGCUAUGGCUUUAUUAACAGGAACGACACUAAAGAGGAUGUCUUUGUUCACCAGACUGCUAUCAAGAAGAACAACCCCAGAAAGUUUCUUCGCAGUGUUGGAGAUGGGGAAGUUGUAGAGUUUGACGUAAUCGAGGCAACGAAGGGUUCAGAAGCGGCUAACGUUACGGGUCCGGGCGGCGUUCCAGUAAGGGGAAGCCGCUACGCUCCCAACAAACGACGUUUCCGUCGACGGUUCUUCCCCCGAAGCCCCGAAGAUCAGAGCAAACCAGCCGAUGACCAAGCCCCUGCACCGGAGGGAGAGCAAGCUGAGACCCGGGCAGCGAGGCCUCCACCUCGGCGACGGAGGCCUCGCAGACCACGACAGGAUACCCGAAAUGGGGAAGUUGGAGAGGAAAAAGAUGGGGCUGUUGAAGGUGACCAGGCGCAGCCACAGAGACCACAGAGGCGCAGGUUCUGGCGUCCCUACCGGAGACCAUUCCGCCCUCGCCCACCUCCCGAUCAGUCUAUGGCGGACCAGAAACCUGUUGCUGAAGAAAGCAAGGAACAGCAGGCAGAGGUAAAACAUGUAGAGUCCCCUGAGGCUGUCCAGACUAAUGGCGAAAUGACAGCAGAUGCCCAAGGCCAGAGACCACGCCGGCCAUCUAGACGACGCAGCCAAAGGAACUCUGAAUCCUCAACAUUGAAAAAUGAUGCAGAAAAGUCUGCUGCAGAGCCUGGCACUCCUCCUCAGAAUGAAAAAGCAACAGAAGGAAAAUCUACACCAAAAUCACCAAAGUCUUCUCCAAAAACCUCUCCCAAACAGCCAAGAUCUCCUGUGGAGGAAGUCGUCCCAGCAGUUCAAACCACAGCAGUCCCAACACCAACUGAGUGAUUGCUCUUAUUGCAAACCCUCUUUCCCCAAGAGGGGAAGAAGGGACCUGGCAGCAAAACUUAAGCGACUCUGGAUUUGGACAGUUUGAGAUUGUUCUUCUUUGGACAAGCGGUGCUGUUUCGAGGCACUGGUUUAUCGUGAAAUGCUGGCAUUUAAGGGAUAGAAUUUUUUAGAGUCUUAAAAGGACAAUUUUUUUUUUUUCUUCCUGCAAAUUAAAACAAGGAUUUAAAAGAAGAACAGCCUUGUUUCAGGAUUAGAGGCAUGACAUUUGGUUCUUCACCAUGUUAAAUCCCUGUGCCUCUUUUUAUGUUUUACUUGUAGGUCCUGGGGUUUGAUAGUUGGACCUCAUUUGCCGCAUAUGCGCUGCUCUCCGCUUCCUCCACCCAUAGUCUAUCUCCUUGCUCUAACCCCUUCUAUCCCCACUUGUUUAUCUAUAGAUUUGCUGGAAAUGGUGAUACUGACGGGUGUAAUUAAAAAUGUUAGAAAUCUUUAAAAAAAAAAGGUAAAGGACCAUCUGCUUGGUGGCUCGGGUAUUCCAACCCCUC